UGUACUGUGCUAUAGAGUUCGGACUUUCUUUUACUGUGCCAUUAGUGUUGUUGUUCAUCCGUAUCCAUUGAAUUACCUGUACAAUUUUGACAAUAAAAUAAAUAAAAAUCCUAAAGUAAAUUUAUUGCUUAUUUUGAAUCACGACCCGUAGACAUAACCAUUUGAAGAGACCAUGAUGAAUUCAGUAAAGUUAACAGUUCUACUACAUGUAUUAUUACCAGUUUUCUCUCAAGAUUUACAAGAAGUAACAAUUAGUACUCCACUUGGUGGACUUCUCGGUUUACGUCGGAGGUUAUCGAGUGACGAUGUUUAUGAAUUCAAGAACAUACCGUUUGCUAAAGCACCUGUCGAUAAUUUACGUUUCGAGAAACCACAGCCGUAUGGAUCAUGGGAUAAUACAUUAGAUGCUAGAUACUUUGGUCCGUCAUGUUUUCAAGACAUGUCCAGAUCCAAUUUGAAAAAUAAAAAUAUCUCCGAAGAUUGUCUUUUUCUAAAUAUAUAUAUUCCUCAUCACAUUUCAACCGUUAAUACAAAAUCUGUGAUGGUAUGGAUCCAUGGCGGGGGUAAUUUCGUCGGACAAACACAACUUUACGACGCAGCAUAUUUAGCCUUGGCAGGAGAUGUUAUAGUUGUUACUAUUCAAUACCGUUUAAAUAUUUUUGGUUUCUUUGCAACCGGCAAUAGUAAAGGAAAUUAUGCGUUAUGGGACCAGAUUUUGGCGAUACAGUGGGUAAAAGAUAAUAUAGCCUCGUACGGUGGAAACAGUCAAUCUACCACAAUAUUUGGAGAGUCAGCUGGUGCAUUUGAUUUAGGUUUAUUAUCUAUGAUGCCGCAAAAUGAAGGACUAUAUCAAAGGAUUAUACUGCAAAGUGGACUCGCCCUCGCAGAAAACGGUUUGGGAACAACUACACACCGCUUUUCAUCACAGGUAGCAACAAAUGUGGGAUGUUCUCAAUCAGAUGCAGGGGAAUUAACGCAAUGCAUGAAAUAUGUAGACGCAAACGUUUUAUUAGCGGAACUAGGGAAGCUAAUUUCAUUAGGUUUUUUUCAAGGAGGAUCAUUUGCCCCAGUAAUUGAUGGCGAAUUGUUGCCUACUCAACCGAAAGAAUUGUUACGGGAUUCACAAUCACAAGCUUCUAGAUUUUAUAAGUCGCUGGAUAUCAUCAUUGGUGUUACAACAGGAGAGGGUUCACUUUUGUUAGAUAUAUUUCUAGCUGGUGUUCAAAAUUUUUAUAACUUUAACGCAACAGAUUAUAUACCAAAACGCAUACUUUGUAAUACUAUUGCUCAGGAUAUUGUAAAUGUUAUAUACAAUAGUAACACCGAUAUAGCCUCCCUUAUAUGUGAUAAAUAUGGUGCAACAUUAACACGUGAUCAGCUUAGUAAAAAUGUUUUAAAUGCAUAUUCAGACCCUAUAUUUUUAAUCUCCGGAGUUGAAUCCCUGCGCCUUCACACAGGUAUUGAUAGUGGCAGACAAUUUCAGUAUCUUUUCUCUAAACCAACAUAUCUUCUUCCUGUUAUACCUCGUCGUCCGGAGUGGUUUAAUGGUUCAGCGCAUGCCACCGAACUAUUCUAUUUCUUUUUCAUUGAAUCCCUCCCCACAGAACAAGAUAGAGAGCUGUCUUCAAAUUUAAUGAAAUACUGGACCAAUUUUGCCAAAACAGGAGAUGUCAAUGGUGUAAACCUACCAAAAUGGGAAGAAUAUGACACAACAACUGAACAUUACAUUAAUUUCGAUAUCAACAUUACAACUGGUCAACAAAUGUUAAAGGACCGUGUGGACUUCUGGUUGAAUGACAUCCCCAGCAUUCUAAAUCCACCCUCAUCAACACGCAGGCCAUCGAUACAAACAUCCCCUACCAAUGGCAGUCACAGGGUAUACUACCAACAAGUACUGUUGGUAGAUAGCCUUAUAUUGUUUGUUGUGUGGUGUUUCUACAAAUCAAUGUAAUUUUAGGAUCUUAAGACUUAUUAUCUUAUUUAUAAUACUCAUCUUGAAAUAUACAACUGAACAUAGAUAAAUCAAUAAAAGAUAUCAAAAAUGAAAA